GAGUGAGUAUAAUUAAAAUUAAAGUGUGACAUACAUUGCACAUAGAUGACUUUUGACCUAGGGCUAUAGAUCUACCCCCUUGAGUUUAGUAAUGAUUUUUAAUUUUAAAUAUUAUCCUUACUUUUAUCAAUUGGUGACAUGAAGAUUAGGGAAAUGGACCAUGCUAGCAUCCUUUUAUCGUCAUUAUUAACUGUCACAUUUUAAAGGAAAUAUAGUACUACAGACAGCUGAUUACAAUAACUGAUAACUAUCUAAUUAACUGAAAUAAAUAUUUAAAUCUGCAAUGGCAGCAAAAGGAAAAGACUAUCAACCAGUGGAGAGAAGUAGACACUCCACAGUAAAGGUAGGAGACUACCUGUAUAUGUGGGGUGGGUCUGGUCUCCCUAAAGUACACAAUAAUGAAGAGAAGAAGUCAAAAAGCUCAGUAAUGGACGUGUGCCAUUUAUCAACUGGUAGGUGGGAACAAAAACUCACCACUGGUAACCCUCCACUGGGUGUCAUUACCUAUGCCGCUGCUCCAAUUGGAAAUGAGAUUUUUUAUUUUGGAGGCCAUUGUAACCACAAUGAUUGUUUUCAUAAUAGUUUAUACAGCUUUAAUGUUGACACCUUCGACUGGAAGGAACUCUCUCCUACUACUCCCUGUCAUGGUCCUAUGAUGAAGAGCCUCUCUGAUAUGGUGGCAAUAAAGAUUAAUUCUGAAGACUAUCUUGUAGUAGUUGGAGGGCGUGGACCAUCUAAUAAUGUUCCAAACCAACCUGGUGCCCAGUACAGGGUAUUUGAGUUUAUUUAUAAAAAAUGCAAUGAGAUCCACUUCUUUAAACUCUCAAAAGGUCAGUGGAUAUCACCAACUGUCACUGGAGACAGACCACCUCCUACUUAUGCCUUCACUCUAACAUCAAUUAAUAAUUCCAGUGCUAUUUUGUUUGGAGGUCUCGCUGCUAAUGGAGUCAGUAACAAUGUAUAUAUUCUUAAUUUCACUGAUACAUCAGUGAAUUGUUCAAAGAUAUCUGAUCCUAGAUUAUGUAUAUGUAUGCAGUGGCCUGAGACUAGACAAUCUCAUUCCAGUGUUCUGAUUGACACUAGCUCGGGACCACACCUACUAGUCUUGGGUGGGUUUCUCACUUACGAUUGCUGGAUACUUGACAUCAACAAUAAAUCAUGGAAGAAACUGUCUAAUUUGCCAAAAAACAUCAUUUGGAGAUGCUUUCAUUCUCUCUCAGCCUGGAGUGUGACCCCAACCACUAGCUGGAUGAUUGUGUUUGGAGGACACACAUCAUACAGAGAUAUAGCAGUUUUUGAACUCAAAUAUACUAGUAAUAAUGAUUGGUCUACUAGUGAAAUACCUCUGGACCAGUAUCAAGAGAAACUACAAGAAAGGAGAAGAGAAUGGGAAGUAUCUCAGCCUGUUCAUCUUGAGGAUAAAAGAGAAAUAGACCGUCUGAGACGUCUGCUGGAAGAAAAGGAAAGGGAACUACAAGAGGAGAGAAGAAAAAAGGAACAAAUUAGAAACAGACUACAGCAACAGCUUCAAGAAAAAGAACAACAACUUCAGCAACUACAGCAAGAAGGAAAAGAAAGAGAGAGGGGAAUUCAAGAGGGCUGCAGGAAAAGAGAACAAGAUCUUUAAUGACAGCUUUUAAUAAAGAGAGCAAGCAUUUGAGAAAAGAGAGUCAGUAUAACUACAAACAGAUGUCUGACAUUAUAAAAGAAA